CGCUGUGGUGUGCAUAUGGGACUGUACUGUAUGCUUCCCGGGUUCGGUAAGCGCCACAGUUUUUCAUGCCAGUCUCGCACAGCCCUAUGAGUAAGCGAGAGUGCCUGUGUAAAUUUGUGCGGCAAGGUUGCUACCCAAACCGAAGAAAGCCUACCGGACGAUGACAAGCCAGGCUACAGCGGCUAGUAGAGGACAUUAUCCUGUGAACUAAAGGAAUUCGCCGUAUCAUAUAGGCAUUCUGUUGUCAUCGACCAUUUGGAGAGAAAAAAAACAGACGGUCAAACGAAGUUGCGCGAACGGAAUGUUCAUCAAAGAUUAAUUAUUGUGUUCGUAGCUAAUAUCACCCCGGUGAAACCUUGCAUCGGCUUUUGGGGAUCUUUAGGCUAUGAAUGAGGCGACAUUGGGUAUCCGAAAUUUUCUAGGAAUUGGGAGUGAAUGGAACUAGGCUAAAAUCUCUAAAUUGAUUGAGCAUCAUUGAGGAACGCCGUUGUAGACUUUAUCGUAGUAGCCUACUUGGAGCAUUUUCCGUGGAUGUAAGUAGCUACAAUAUUCCAUCACCUAAAGGAAGAGAAGACCAUUCAUUACUGGUUGUGUGAUCAGAAUAAAAACAGCACCAGGAGCUUCCAUUGAAACCCGAAAGAAACAUGUGAAGACCCUGGUGAAGAUAAAAGCUUGAACCUAGCCUUUGAGAACACAAAGAGGAAGGUAGCCUCCCUCCCACUCCUCCUCCAUCCUCCCCCUGUUCAGUCUGCUGUUGCCUUGUUGCAGAGCCCCUAGUGGUAUGGAGGGCCGACGGUCGCGGCGAGUCACAAAAUACAGCGCCAGGACUUUCCCAGCGGGCCCUACACGUGGCGCUGUGCUGGCCAUGCUGGGCUGCUGGGUGUUAGCUGUCGCUGCCACCGUGUGCCAAGGCCAGACCACCUUCACCAGCUUCCACCCAGAGCGCCGGGAGUGGGCCUUCAACCAUCUGACGGUCCACCAGACAACUGGGGCGCUCUACAUCGGAGCAGUCAACCGUGUCUACAAGCUAUCAGGCAACCUGACCCUGAUGGUGUCCCACGACACAGGCCCUGAGGACGAUAACAAGGCCUGCUACCCGCCCCUCAUCGUUCAGCCCUGCUCUGAACCCCUGACCUCCACUAACAAUGUCAACAAGCUGCUCCUCAUAGACUACAGCCAGAAUCGCCUUCUGGCCUGCGGUAGCCUCUACCAGGGAGUCUGUAAACUCCUUCGUCUGGACGACCUGUUUAUCCUAGUGGAGCCGUCCCAUAAGAAAGAGCACUACCUCUCCAGCGUCAACCAGACAGGCACCAUGUACGGGGUAAUCGUGCCCUCCCAUGGCCAGGACGGGACUCUCUUCAUCGGAACGGCAGUAGACGGCAAGCAGGACUACUUCCCUACCAUCUCUAGCCGUAAGCUGCCCCGCGACCCAGAGUCCUCAGCCAUGCUUGACUACGAGCUUCACACGGACUUCGUCUCGUCUCUGAUAAAGAUCCCGUCAGACACGCUGGCGCUGGUGUCCCACUUCGACAUCUACUACGUGUAUGGCUUCGCCAGCGGCUCCUUCGUCUACUUCCUGACCGUCCAGCCCGAGACGCCGGAGAACAGCAUGUCAUCAGGCGGAUCCUCCAACGACCUCUUCUACACCUCGCGCAUCGUACGCCUCUGCAAGGAUGACCACAAGUUCCACUCGUACGUCUCCUUACCCGUGGGCUGCGUGAGGAAUGGCGUGGAGUACCGUCUCCUGCAGGCUGCCUACCUAGCCAAGCCGGGCCGCGUGCUGGCCGCCUCGCUCAACAUCAGCUCCACGGACGACGUGCUCUUCACCGUGUUCUCCAAGGGCCAGAAGCAGUACCACCAGCCACCAGAUGACUCUGCGCUCUGCGUGUUCACCAUCAAGGACAUCAACGCCCGCAUCAAGGAGCGCCUGCAGUCCUGCUACCAGGGAGAGGGCAACCUGGAGCUCAACUGGCUGCUGGGGAAAGACGUGCAGUGCACAAAAGCGCCGGUGCCCAUCGAUGACUCGUUCUGUGGUCUGGACAUCAACCAGCCCCUAGGCGGCUCUCAGCUGGUGACGGGACACACCCUCUACACAGAGACACGGGACCGCAUGACCUCCGUCACCUCCUACGUCUACAACGGAUACUGCGUGGCCUUCGUGGGCACCAAGAGCGGACGCCUCAAAAAGGUCAGUUACUCUUACUGUCAGUUCCCGGCAGUUAUGGUCAAUUACCGGCUGUUAUCGCCAGCCAGAGCCUGGACUUCGAAAAUACUGACUUACCUAGGGCCGUUGCUCUUUAGGGAGCAUAGGUCAUCGAUGACGCCUCUCCAUUACACUCUGUUCUGGGCAGUCUUCUCCAGCCCGUUCACCUAUUGAAAAAGUCCUCUAGCUAUUCUGGUCUCCCAGUUCAAGGUCCAUUUAAAGCGAUUGUGAAGCACUUCAUCACUGUUGAAUCCCUGGCCUCAGGAGACUGAGGAGGCUGUCUGUCCACUGACUGGUCCUCAGAACCUCAGACACUGAAGUGGUAGUAUUCUAUUCAAGGGACUGAAUGGACGGAGCACGGUGUGGUGGUAAGGAGAAGAUAAACCUUCCUCCUCCAUAU